UCACGACAAAAGAAGAGUUUGGUUAUUUCUAUGCGGGCAAGUGGUAUUGGUGUUAGUCGGGCGUAUCGAUUUUUGGAGAAGGAAGCUGGUAGUCGAGAGAAUAUAGGAUUCAUACGAAAGGAUAUAUACAAUGAACUACAGAAGGAAUCCCGUAAGGUGUCGAAGAUUAAUGAUGGGGAUGCAAAUAAGUUGCUCGAGAUGCUCACUGAUAGAGGAAUGAGUGAUCCUUCAUUUUUUUGGAAGGUAAAGCUUAGCGACGAUGGUAGGCUCAAAAAUCUAUUCUUUCGGGAUACUCGUUGUCUUGUAGACUACCAGCAUUUUGGCGAUGUAUUAUCCGUUGACGCCACCUACAAGACUAACAAGUAUGACUUGAUAUGUGUUCCUAUGAUUGGCAUAAACCAUCAUCGGACAAAUGUGAUGUUUGGACUUGGUUUCUUGUCAAAUGAGAAGGCCGAGUCGUAUGAGUGGUUAUUUAGUACAUUUCUUCAAGCUAUGUACCACAAAGAGCCCUCCACCAUAUUCUCGGACCAAGACAUGGCUAUAAUGAAUGCGAUCGAUUCGACUUUUCGUGAAUCGUCACAUCGGCUUUGCCAAUGGCAUAUCAACAAGAAUGCAGUGAAGCAUUUUGGGAAAUUAAAUCAUGAUAAAGAUUUUAAAAAUUUGUGGCAUAGGUGUAUGAACGGGUGCGAGUCCGGGGAACAAUUUGAUAUUGUUUGGAGAAGAAUGAUAGACGAGCACAAUUUGUCGGAGCACAAAUGGUUUCUUAGCAUGCAUAAGUUGAGGAAGCGGUGGUCUUCGGCUUUCACCCGUGAUAAAUUUUCGGGAGGUUUGCAUGCCACAUCUCGUAGUGAGGUUACCAAUAAAGUCUUGAAAGAGUUGUGCUCGACUACUUCCACAUUGCAUGAAUUUGUUGUUGGAUUUGAGAAGAUGCAGAAAUCGUGGCGAACAAGAGAGUUUGAAGAGGACGCACUUUGUCGAGGCAUGCCCGGUAUGUUCGUUCAACGAACAAGGAUUUUAAUCCAGGUGGGUGAAGUAUGUACGAGGAGUGUUUUCAAAAUGUUUGAGUACGAAGCUUUGAAUUGCAUUUCUGUGGAUUUGACCGAAUCACCCCCUGAUUUGAAUGAGGUGCUACUGGAGUUCAAGUUGUCAUCAAGUUCGUCGGGGACAGGCUAUCGUUUAGUGAAGUAUAAUCAGAAUUCUAAAUUUGCCUCAUGUUGUUGUCAUCUCUGGGAGACUGAAGGCAUUAUUUGUCGGCACCUUUUUAGAGUUUAUCUUCACUUUAACCAACAUAGCGUGCCUGAUGAGAUGUUACUGAAUAGAUGGAGGAAAGAUUCCAAGCAGCGGAUAGGAUUAUCAGAUCGCUUAUCGGAGUCUGCGGGGGUAAACAAGUUGAAUAGUAUGGUUUUUGUUAACCACAACACAAAGAUAGUGUACGACUUGCUAACAGAAUGCAAGGAUGACAGGAGUUGUAGAGAUUUCAUUGAUGAUUCUAUUGGGAGGAUGGUAGAUGGUGUGAAAAGCAUGAGACUUCACACAAUGCAUGAUACCACAGAUAAUGCAACUCAGGAAGGCUUCAAAGAGCCGUUGGUUCGGCCUAUAAAGAAUCCUGUGUUUGAGAAAAAACGUCCAUAUCGGCGGAUGCGAUUCAGCAAAGAUCGGGAAGCUCCUGGAUAUUACUCCGCUCACACAUCAACUACCUCUCAAGAUGAUGAUGAAAAUGAUGUACGAACAAGGAGAACUAACUUUGGAGAUGAAGAAGGCUUGUUUCGAAGUUUAGACGAUAUUUCAGAUCGCUUUUCGAUGGAGUAGACUCGUUCCACAUUAAUUCUUAGAAAAUGUGAACUUCUGUUUGAGUUUUAAGUUGUCAUCUAAUUUCUUUUUUCACGUUAUUUUGAGGUUGGUGCACUUGUUUACUUGGCAGCUGCGUUUGU